AUGAUAAAAGAUGCGGAUUUGGGUUUGGAUUCAAGGGUUAGUGAUAUAGUUACUAAUGGUAAUUGGAGAAUGCCAUCAGAUUGGACGUGCUUUUCAUUUACGGCUCCUAUUUUGUCAACCUCUCAAGAUAUACUCAAAUGGCGUUCUACUGCUGGAAGAUUAGAAGAUUAUUCUGUGUCUUUAGCAUGGAAUGAUUUACGUAAUAGAGCUUCUAAGGUUGAUUGGUUUCAUCUUGUUUGGUAUAAACAAUGUAUUCCAAACUAUUCGUUUCUUUUGUGGAUUGUUAUGCAUGGAAAACUCAAGACUCAAGACGUGUUAUGUUCAUGGGAUAUUCAACACAAUGCCUCCUUGAGUUUGCUUAUUGUGCGUGACAUUAUGCCUGUUGCUAAGAAGAAUUCAUGCACUAGUGUUGUAUCUAAACUCCUUUUAGCAGCUUUAGUUUAUCAUUUGUGGGAAGAAAGAAAUGCAAGAUUGCUUCAACAAAAGAAGCGAUCUGAAAAUCAAGUGGUUCAGUUAAUUCUGUCUACCAUUCGACUUAAGCUAAUGACAUGUCGUUUCAAAAGGACAAGUAGAGUGGAAGAACUGCUGGUGCGGUGGAAAUUGCCUUCGUCUCUCCUGAAACCACCUUAG